GACGCCAUCCUCGCCGGCUGCAUCCCGGUCUUCUUCCACCCGAUGUCCGCCUACACCCAGUACACCUGGCACCUGCCCAGGGACUACAGGAGCUACUCCGUGUUCAUCCCCCAGAUCGAUGUGGCCAAGCGGAACGUCAGCAUCGAGGAGGAGCUGAGGAAGAUACCGCCGACGAAGGUGGCGCAGAUGCGAGAGGAGGUGAUCCGGCUCAUACCGAGGGUGAUGUACAGGGAACCCAUGGCCAAGGGCCUGGUGUUCAAGGACGCGUUCGACGUUGCUGUGGCUGCGGUCAUCGACAGAGUGGCCAAGCGCCGCCGUGCCACGGCUGAGGGACGCGAGUACAACGACAGCUUCGACGGAUAUUUUAGUUGGAAGUACGACUUGCUAGAGCCUGGGCAGAAGGAUAUAGGCCCGCACGAGUUUGAUCCAUAUAUGUGA